AUGCUAAUAUUUAAGUCUGACGCGUCGUCGCUACAAUCAGUUUAUAUUUGUCCAAACAGUUUUUUUUUCUUUCUUUUCUUUCGUCUAUCCUUUUUAUUCCCAAUCUCUUUUUUCUCUCUUUUGCUUUGGUUUUACCUUCGUUUUCUAAUUUUCUUUCUUUUCUUUCGCUAUUCUUUUCUUUCUUUUUCCUUAGCUCACAUUUUCCAUUCUCUAUUUUAUGUUUCUCCUUUUUACGUAUUUCUUUUCAGGAUUUUUAUUUCAUUUUUUUCAGCCCAUCUCGAUCUUUCUUUUCUUUUUUUUCUCACUAUUUUUUACUUUCUCUGUAUCUUCUACCCUUUCUCUCAUACAUUUUUGCUUGUUUCUUUCUUUUUAUACGGAUUUCAUUUCAUACGGCUUUUCUUUCUUUCUUUCCUUCUUUCUUUCUUUCUUUCUUUCUUUCUUUCUUUCUUUCUUUCUCAAACUCUAUAUUUAUUGGUAUAUUUAUUCCACUGGUUUUAUGCUUCUUUCUUUCUUUCUUUCUUUCUUUCUUUCUUUCUUUCUUUUCCUUCGUUUUGUUCCUUUACAGUUUUUCAUUCAAUUUUUUUUCUUUCUUUUUUCCAUAUUUCUUUUUUUUUUUUUUUCUUUCUUUUUUCUUUUUUCUUUCUUUCUUUCUUUUUUUUCAUUCAAUUUUUAUUUUUCCAUAUAGUGUUUUUUCAUUUCUUUUUUCCUUAUCUUCCUUUUCUUUCUUUCUUUCUUCCUUCAUUUCUGUUUCUCUUCUUUCAUUUCUUCCUUUCUUUCUUUCUAUUUUUUCAUUUAAUCGUUUCUUUCUUUCUUUUGUUUCUUUCUUUCUUUCUUUUCUUUUUUCUUUCUUUUUCUUUCUUUUUCUUUUUUUUCUUUCUUUAUAACAAUUCUUUCUUUUCUUUUUUUUUUUUUUUUUUUUCUUUCUUUCUUUCUUUCUUUCUUUUCUUUCUUUCUUUCUUUUUAUACAGUUUAAUUUUUCUUUCUUUUCUUUCUUUCAGCUUUCUUUCUUUUUCUUUCUUUCUUUUUUACAUACAUACAGUCUUUCCAGCUCUUUUCUUUUCUUUUUUUUCAUUCUUUUUUCUUUCUUUUCUUUCUUUCUUUCUUUUGUUCUUUUCUUUCUUUUUUUUUCAUCAUUCCCUGUUUUUCUAA